CUCAAAAUCUCACUUAUCUUUUUGAAAACGUCGUGGUUGGGCAAACUUUUAUUCAAUUCCGAUACCUUGCCCUCCUUGUGUGCCUCUCCUCCCAAUCUCCUUCCUUCAAAGACAAUAUUUGAAAUCCUAAAGGCAAUGAUAAUCGGCGAAGUGAAACAAUGAAGCUUAUUCAACUCUCCUCCAUUCAAUCUAGAGUUUCCUUUCUUUCCGUUGAUGCUCGACCCUUUUGCACUCUCUCCGUUUCAGCCCAUCAAAAGAUAAGCGCCACCAACUCAAACUCUCUUUCAGAGUGUGGCCUUCGCAGGACCAAUCCACCAAAUAAAGGCACUAACAACAGCCUGAUAUUCAUGGAAAUGAGCAAGGCCUGUUUAACCAUGUUUCCCAGCAUUCAUCAUAACAAGGUGGCAUCACUGUCCCCGAGGAAAAGGCAUGGAACUGGAUCUUACAGAAUAUUUUACACUUGCUCCGAACCUCUGAUCUCUCGAACAGUCCCUCCCAUAGUGCGCCCCCCCUCAUCACUAGUUUUGGCUGCCUGUGUUACUGGAUCUGAUGCACCCCAACGUUCAGAGGAAUGGUUUGCCCUUAGGAGGGACAGGCUAACAACAAGCACCUUCAGCACUGCUUUGGGUUUUUGGAAGGGAAAACGUCGCCCUGAGCUCUGGCAUGAGAAAGUGUUUGGAUCUGAGACACAGACCCUUGAAGCAUCUGCAAACAGUGCCAUGCAGUGGGGUGUGCUCAAUGAAGCAGCAGCAAUAAAUCGGUAUAAGAACAUCACAAGUCGUGAGGUGAGCUCAUUGGGAUUUGCAAUCCAUUCAGAGGAGCAAUUUGAUUGGCUUGGUGCUUCGCCUGAUGGUCUUCUUGGUGCUUCCCCUGAUGGUCUUCUUGGUUGCUUUCCUGGAGGUGGCAUCCUGGAAGUUAAGUGUCCCUAUAACAAGGGGAAGCCUGAAAAGGGUCUUCCUUGGUCCACUAUGCCCUUCUAUUACGUGCCUCAAGUGCAGGGGCAAUUGGAGAUAAUGGAUAGAGAAUGGGCGGAUUUGUAUUGCUGGACACCAAAUGGAAGCACAAUAUUUCGUGUGUGCAGAGAUCGCGGUUAUUGGGAGAUAAUACAUGGUAUUUUACGGGAAUUUUGGUGGGAAAAUGUCAUUCCUGCCAGGGAAGCUUUGUUGAUAGGAAGGGAAGAGGAAGCCAAGUCAUAUAUGCCAGCAUCUACACACAAACAGACAGGACUUGCCAUUGUUAAGAGCCUGAAGUUAGCCACGGAAUCCAAAUUGCUGUGUAGGGAGAUUGCAGGUCAUGUUGAGUUUUUUAGGUGAUGGGCUCCUGAAUUACAUUUUGCAAUUUCACCCUUAGAAGUAAGCUGCUUGACCAUGCUGGGACCUCCCUUCUUGCUGUUUUCUUCUACUGCGCUUUUCUCUUUUCCUUCCCUCAAUUUUUGCCUGAACUACUUAUUCCCCCAACAAACAUGAUGGAUCCUCCGUAAACAACGGUUUCCUUCUGUCCCCUCUUUUGACUCUGUUUGCAAGAGUUUCAUCACCAUUCCUAACAUUUUUUUGCUCACAAGUGGAACAAACUCAUUAUGUAAGAUGGUGUAUGAUGUUAAGAGGAUUUGCAGAAAUCAAACACUUCAGAGCCCAUCAGGUUGAAUAGUUGGAGGACAGCAGGAUGAAAUAAGCAAGUGAGGAGGUUGUGACAGCAUGGUCAAUCAGUUCGCUAAUAAGAACUGGUGAAAAGAAAACUCUCAAGCAGAAAUGGAGCUCUCACUAUUUUGUAUUUCCAUUUAUGACUCGGUCCAUCAUUUACCCCUCUAAAAGAUAGUCAGCCCAUUAAUUUUAGUGUAUACCUAUUUAUGUAAUCUUUCUGGACCAGCUUGAAAUUGUAAUGGUCCUUAUCCAAUUAUGAAUUCAAAUGAGGAAUUCCUGUUUUUGUAGUUA